AUGAGAAAUCACAUGGAAGAUAACAUGUUAAGUUCAUUUCUGGAGGCAGGCAAAUUGGCCGACACCUUCAAGGCCAUUCGGUAUUUGAGUGAGAGGCUCUCAAAAUCUCUUCCCAAAAGUAUUGGGGUGAUAAAGAACGUCAGAGGAAGAGCUCUGAAGAUGGUGAAGACAGAAGCUAUGACUGAAAUACAGCACAACUCUGAAGACCAGGCAGAUACUCUCAGAGACAAGACUACUGCGCGUAGUGCCGUUACUGCCAUUAUCCCAGCCAGUUUAUCUCAGAUUGUUUCAAAUUCCAAGGACAGUGUUACACAGGUGGUGACUUCAAUUAUUCUCACUAAGGUGACUUCAGUUAUUCUUACUAAGGUGAUUUCAGUUAUUCUCACUAAGGUGACUUCAAUUAUUCUUACUAAAGUGACUUCAAUUAUUCUCACUAAGGAGACUUCAAUUAUUCUCACUAAGGUGACUUCAGUUAUUUUUACUAAGGUGACUUCAGUUAUUCUCACUAAGGUUUCAAACACUGUCACUUCCCCAAACAGGUGCAUCACUGCCACAUCCACCAUCAGGCGCAUCCCUGUCCCCAUCCCCCAUCAGGUGCUCACUGUCAAUCCACCAUCAGGGGCAUCACUGUCACAUCCACCAUCAGUGCCACCCAUGUCUAUCGACCUCAUGGGCGUUGAUGGUCCAAUUUCCGCGAACGUGGGAGUGACGAUCGUAUGCAUCGUGGUGGGGGCGAGGCCCUCGCCCAAUGUAAGCUGGUGGCUGGAUGGUCGGGCCGCUGAGAACAAUGGAGAGAGACAACGAGACAACGGCAAUGUGACGGAGAGCAAGGUAGUGGUGGUAGCUUCUUCAGAGGACCAGGGUCGCUACCUUUCUUGCAGGGCGGAGACUCCUGGUCUGCUUCAAUCCUCACUCGAAGACGGCACUAAGCUAAUUGUUCACUAUGUUCCAGUUGUUCACAUUUCACUGGAGUCGCAUCUUGAUCUCCACGACAUUAAGGAGGGUAUGGACGUGUAUUUCACGUGUUCGGUCACAGCCGUCCCCUCCCCCACUUCCGUCCACUGGUACCACAAUGAGAACCAUCUUCGGGCCAACUCUAGCAGCGGGUUGUUGUUGGGCAACACAAGUUUAGUUCUGCAGAAGGUGGAACGCCACUCCUCCGGCAGGUACACCUGCAGAGCCACCAACACGGAGGGUCAGGGCGUCUCCAAACCGAUCUUGCUACACGUUAAAUAUUCACCAGUGUGUCGUCCUGGGCAGCGGUGGGUGUACGGUGUGGCACGCAACGAGAUGAUCCACGUGGCUUGCCAAGUGGAUUCCCACCCAACACAAGUGUCCUUCAACUGGGUCCUGAACAACACCUCCGAGACCACUGACAUCCCGGAGGCUCACAUCACAGACAACCACACUCUCAGCAAGCUGACGUACACGCCCCACACACAGAUGGACUAUGGUUUUUUGCUGUGUUGGGCAACAAACUCGGUUGGGAAGCAGAGGGAUCCCUGCGUCUUCAAGAUUUUCCCAGCAGGACCUCCAGAUGCCUUAAGGAACUGCAUCGUGCUUAACGACAGUGCCGAUGCUGUCCAGGUUCGAUGCGAGGAGGGGUUCGACGGUGGCCUUCCUCAGAGUUUUAUUAUGGAAGUUUAUGAAACUGAGGGACGCAAGCUGAAGUCGAACGUGACGAGCAAGACCCCAGUCUUCACGGUCCGUGGUCUUCCCUCCGGCCUGCUACUCACCAUCUGGAUCUACGCUGCCAAUACCAAAGGUCGCUCUCAACCCUCUGUACUUGCUGCUGCCACAUUGGGUAACCUCCAGGAAAAACAUAUCUCAAGUGAGUCUAAAAAACAUUUCGUCUAA